AUGGCCUCUUGCGUCACCGGAACAGAGGCAGCGAUUCGAGCUGCGGCGUGUAGAGACGGAGACGCGGCGGCUCAUCUGAAGCUGAUCUCUGUUUUCGUCAUCUUCCUCACAAGCGUCUUCGGGAUUUCCGCGCCGGUUUUUCUCGCUCGCUACUUCCACGGGAAGCCUCUCUACGACAAAGCGAUCCUACUGAUCAAGUGUUUCGCCGCCGGCGUGAUUCUCUCUACUUCGCUCGUCCACGUCUUGCCGGAGGCUUUCGAGUCUCUCGCCGAUUGCCAGGUGUCAUCUCGACAUCCGUGGAAAGAUUUUCCGUUCGCCGGUUUGGUGACGAUGAUCGGAGUAAUCACGGCGUUGCUGGUUGAUUUAACGGCGAGUGAACACAUGGGACACGGCGGUGGUGGUGGUGGAGGGACGGAGUACAUGCCGAUGACGGCGGUUGGGGGUUUAGAGGUGAAAGAAGGAAAGUUUGGGGCUGAUUUGGAAAUACAAGAAAGUAAUGAGGAGGAGUUAGUGAAGAUGAAACAAAGAUUAGUGUCACAAGUGCUUGAAAUUGGGAUUAUAUUUCAUUCAGUGAUAAUUGGUGUAACCAUGGGAAUGUCACAGAAUCAGUGUACCAUUAGACCUUUGAUCGCUGCUCUCUCGUUUCAUCAGAUUUUCGAAGGCUUAGGCCUUGGUGGUUGCAUCGCUCAGGCAGGGUUUAAGGCAGGAACAGUGGUGUACAUGUGCUUGAUGUUCGCGGUAACGACGCCUCUCGGGAUAGUACUAGGGAUGAUGAUUUUUGCAGCGACCGGUUACGAUGAUCACAACCCUAACGCAUUGAUAGUGGAAGGUUUAUUGGGAUCACUAUCUUCAGGGAUUCUGAUAUACAUGGCCUUGGUUGACCUAAUUGCGUUGGAUUUCUUUCACAACAAGAUGUUGACGACGGCCGGUGAAUCGGGUUCGAGGCUUAAGAAGUUGUGUUUUGUGGCUUUGGUUUUGGGUUCUGCUUCUAUGUCACUUCUUGCACUUUGGGCUUGA